UUUGUACAUGUAAUACAAGUAUGAUACUUAGUGGCUCCUUAUCCAAGCGAUGACCUCGGUAAUAUUAAACUUGAUUAUAUAGGUUAUGUACGGAUAUUGUUGUAAACAAUUUUUUUUUACCUGUGUGUAGGACAUACAAUGUAUCAUUUUUAACGAAAUACACUGGAAUCCGCUUGUCUAUGAACAAAGUGUAGCAGUCAGCCGAGAAGCAGCUUAUUUUUGGAUCCAAUCGAAUGGAGUUGUUUUCCGGGUUCAUCGUAAAAGCAAUUUUGACAUCUAUAGUUAGUUAUGUUUUCUGGAAACUCUGGCAGUUUGCUACCAAGUAUAGGGAAUGGCGUAAAGUUACCUCUCAGAUGAGUGUGAUAGGACCUAUUCAUCCCUUGUAGGGAUCACUUCACAAAUUCAAAGACAUUGGAGAGUUCAUGACAAUCAUCAAAGAAAUUGUUUCAAAAGAGAGGUCAAAGAUCAUUGGUUAUUGGUUCAUGUUCUUCUUCCCCGAAUUUAACGUUGUUCACCCUGACUCGGCAAAAAUUCUGAUGAAAUCAUCCGAACCGAAAUCCAAUGGAUUUGGUGGUGCCUAUAUCAUGAUGAAAAGUUGGCUUGGCGACGGACUGUUGAUCUCAUCUGGAAAGAAAUGGGAAAGAAACAGGCGCUUGAUAACACCAGCAUUUCAUUUUGGCAUACUUAAACCUUAUGUUAGCAUAUACAAUAGUUCAACAGACAAAUUUCUGAAUAAUUUAAAAGAGUUUGCAGCGACAAGUAAACCUGUGGACAUUUUCACCUUGGUGUCUCUAGAAACAUUGGAUACAAUACUAAGAUGUGCCUUCUCCUAUGAAGGAAAAAUUCAAACAGAAGGGCUCAAGCAUCCUUACGUUGCCGCUGUUAGUCGAUUAGCUCAUUUACUGUCAGAAAGAUGGCUGCAGCCAUGGCUUUACUGGGAUACCCUAUAUUAUAUGACACCAAAAGGUAGAGAAUACAGAAAACUUUGCCAAUAUGUUCAUGAUUUUUCCGAGGGAGUGAUAAGAGAGAGACAACAAACCUUUCUUACAGAUGGUCCUCCAAGUAACCGCCAUCUUGACUUCCUCGACAUAUUGCUCACUGCCAAGGAUGACAAAGGAGUUGGCCUUUCAUUCGACGACAUACGAGCAGAAGUUGACACAUUUCUAUUUGAAGGGCACGAUACAACAGCAUCGGCAAUUAGCUGGGCUAUUUACCAUUUAGGAAAACACCAAAAGGAACAAGAAAUUGUAUAUUCAGAGUUGUCUGAAUUACUAAAUAAUAACAAGCAAGUGUCAUGGGAAAAUUUACAAAUCAUGCCACAGCUUACAGCCUUCAUCAAAGAGUCUAUGCGCAUGAUUGCACCUGUUCCAGGUGUUCAGAGACAACUGACGUCACCAAUGACCAUCGACAACGUCACGAUACCAGCAGGUUUAGUCGUUGACAUGGGUAUAUACAUGUUACAUCAUCACCCGGAUGUCUGGCCAGAACACGAUGUUUUUAAACCAGAAAGAUUUUUACUAGAAGACAUUACAGAGCGACACCCAUACAGUUUCCUACCAUUCGCAGCCGGAUCAAGAAACUGCAUUGGUCAACACUUUGCAAUGGAUGAGAUAAAAGUUGUUCUUGCAAGAUUAAUACAAAGAUACAAAGUGUUUCUAGUUCCAGACCACAAAUAUGAAAUUCAACCUGAACUAGUAAUGAGAGCGAAGUACGGGAUAAAAAUUACUGUAGAAGAACGAAAAUAAUGUAUUCAAGAUCUGUUCAUAUGUUAAAUAUAGCAACUAAAGUUGUAAAUGCA